UGUAUUAGAGCAGAGGAAAAAUGUUAAAAAAGCUCAUAGAACCAACCGUUGGUUUCUAGCAGUUGGGAGUUCUGGUCCACUUUCCACCAUUCGAUGCCUACCCUCGAAGCGUCAAAAUACAUGUACAUUUCGCACUAAUAGUUGUACCUUCCAGGAGUAACAAAAACUACCUGACUCUAAUUCCAUAGCCUUUUAUGGAUCUUGUCCACUACACCGCUUGCCGCUUCCCUGCAGCUCAUCCUCAGCAUAUCUUCCAUACACCAUUUCGCCGGCGUUUCGUCGGCGUUAGGUCGAGUUUGAGCCUUCCAUUCACAGAGCAGAAAGCAAAGUAUUAUAGAGAGCUUGAAGCUGCUGUUGAUGUUGUCCAACGAGCUUGUCGUCUCUGUCUUCAUGUGAAGAAGUCACUGUUCUCAAGUGAUGGUAGGAUUCUUGAGAAAAAUGACCAGACCCCAGUCACUAUUGCAGAUUUUGGAGUGCAGGCUUUAGUUAGCUUGGAGAUGAACAGACUUUUUCCCUCUAUCCCUUUGGUGGCUGAAGAGGACUCUGCAUUCUUGCGUUCAAAUAAUCUGGUUGGCUCAGUGGCUGAUGUUGUGAAGGAUAAAGCAACCUUAGGAGAUGAAGUAACAGAUGAUAAUAUUUUGAAAGCGAUUGACAGAGGGGGAAAGGAUGCUUGUGUAUUUGGGCCUAAGCCAGCCACUUACUGGAUACUGGAUCCUAUUGAUGGUACACGAGGGUUUGUUAGAGGUAGUGAGGCUCUCUAUGUGGUGGGUUUGGCACUUGUAGUUGAAGGACAGAUUGUCUUAGGAGUCAUGGGCUGCCCCAAUUGGCUCGAAGACUGUUCUGACAAUUCUAUCAUUGAGGUCCAAGAAAACAGAACUUCCAGAUCAGGGAUCAUCAUGGUUUCUCAUGUGGGUUGUGGAACAUGGACAAAGAGGUUGUCAGACAUACUAACCAUUGAGUCACCUCUCGCUUGGACCAGAUGCUCUGUUGACAGCUGCCAAAUGGUGGAGGGCGCACGCUUUACUAUUCCCGAAAGUCAAACAUGGAAAUCUUUACCCCUGUCGGCUUUAUUUGAUGCAAAAACAGACUGUGAGAACAUAGGAGAAGGCAACAUACUUCUUCUGUCUGCAUGCUGUGGGAGCUUAUGCAAAUAUCUGAUGGUGGCUUCUGGUAGAGCAUCGGUUUACAUUCAGGGGAAGAAGGCGAAAUCUAUUAUCAAGGUCUGGGACCAUGCUGUUGGAAUCAUAUGUGUCCACGAAGCUGGAGGGAAGGUGACUGACUGGGAAGGAAGUUCACUUGAUUUUGCAGCAGAUCAAACUGAACGGAGGCUCAUCUUUCCUUCAGGCGGGGUUCUUGUGACUAAUGGGAGCUUACAUAGCAAGAUUAUCGGAAUGAUCUCUUCAAAUUCAGCAGUUCUUUGACAGGCAUUUGACAUUAUUCUGACAGAAUCAAUACUGAAAUACAAACGACGAUAUCUUCCCAUUCAUCAAUUGUUUAAUGGCACUUGCAUUCUUUUGACGAAUCACAGUAUACAUAUCAAUUUUUCUCCAUUUUCUUCCAUCUGGUGCUCAUCAGUAUCUCUCUUUUGUUCUCAUAAUACUUGUAUUUUUCUUCUCUCGGUCAAAAACGGCUUACGUACAGACAAUAUCCUUCAUUUGUGAAGAAUGAUUCAUGUUUACUGCAGUCAAAAUGUAUAAUGUUAUAAAUCUCUAUUUUUUUCCCUUCACAAAAUCAUAUGAUGAAGUGUAGAUUUUUCUCUUUUCA